AUGAGGAAUCUGUUCACUGAGAAGUGUAUGUCAAGCCACUGGUUGAAUUUCCAUCAAAAAAUGAUUAAGCAGAGAAUGGAGAAGAAGGUUGAUUCCAGGUAUUUUAGGGAUGGUGCAAUUAAGAAACCUUAUUCUCCAAAGACACUGUCCAAUAAGAAGUCUUCUGCAUCCUUGGGGAUCCGGAGGGAGUUACCUAGUACCAGUCAUCUAGUGCAGUAUCGUGGCACACAUGCUUGUACCCGACAGGGCCGGUUAAGAGAAUUGCACAUCAGAUGCGUUGCCAGAAAGUUCUUAUAUUUAUGGAUUCGAAUGACUUUUGGAAGAGUGUCUCCCUCUAAAGCCAGAUUUUACUAUGAGCAGCAAUUACUGCGGAAGGUCUUCGAAGAAUGGAAAGAAGAGUGGUGGGUUUUCCAUCAUGAGUGGAAACUCUGUGUUCGAGCUGACUGUCACUACAGGUAUUACCUGUACAACCUGAUGUUCCAGACCUGGAAGACCUACGUGCGUCAGCAGCAGGAGAUGAGGAGCAAGUUCAUUAGAGCCGAAGUUCAUGAUGCAAAGCAAAAGAUGGGACAAGCCUGGAAGUCUUGGUUGAUCUACGUGGUUUUUCGCAGGACCAAACUUCAGAUGCAGACUACGGCUCUGGAGUUUAGGCAACGGAGUAUCCUAUGGGUGUGGUGGAGCGUGUGGAGGCAGCGACUAGGACAGGUCCGUGUGAGCCGUGCCCUCCAUGCCUCUGCUGUGAAGCACAGGUCCCUGAGCCUCCAGCUACAGGCUUGGUCACAAUGGUGGGAGCAGCUCCUAUAUGUCCAGAAGGAGAAACAAAAGGUUGCCUCUGCAGUGAAGCACCACCAGCACUGGCAAAAGCGGAGGUUUCUGAAGGCCUGGCUUGAAUACCUGCAAGUCCGCAGAGUAAAGAGACAGCAGAAUGAGAUGGCUGAACGAUUCCAUCAUGUCACUGUGCUCCAGAUACACUUCUGUGACUGGCAGCAGGCCUGGGAGCGGAGGGAGAGCUUGCACGCCCACCAGACCCAGGUGGAGAAACUGGCCAGGAAGAUGGCCUUGCGGCGCACCUUUACUCACUGGCAACACUACAUGCUGCUAUGUGCAGAAGAAGCUGCCCAGUGUGAGAUGGCAGAAGAGCACCACAGGCACAGGCAGCUGUUUUUUUGCUUUAGAGCCCUAAAAGACAAUGUCGCCCACACCCAUCUCCAGCAAAUAAGAAGGAAUCUUGCUUACCAGCAGCAUGGUGUCACGCUGCUGCACAGGUUCUGGAACCUCUGGCAGUCUCAGAUUGAGCAGAAAAAAGAAAGAGAGCAGCUCCCCUUACUACAUGCUGCCUGGGACCACUACAGGAUAGCACUGCUGUGCAAGUGUGUCAAAUUGUGGCUACAUUAUACUCAGAAGAGGCGGGACAAGCAGCUGCUACAGGCCAGAGCAGAUGGGCAUUUCCAGCAGAGAGCCCUGCCUGCUGCCUUCCACACAUGGAAUAGACUCUGGCGAAGACACCAGCAGGAAAACAUCCUCAGUGCAAGAGCCACACAUUUUCACAGGGAGAAAGUAGAGAAGCAAGUAUUUUCUAUCUGGUGGCAGAAGAUGUUACAGCAUCGAGAAAACCGCUUGGCAGAGAGAAUGGCCAUCCUUCACGCAGAGCGACAGCUUCUGCAUAGGUCCUGGUUCACGUGGCACCAGCAGGCAGCAGCACGUCACCAGGAGCAGGAGCGGCAAACAGUGGCCCGUGCCCACCACCGCCACAGGCGGCUCAGGAAGGCUUUCUGCCUCUGGAGGGAAAGUGCCCAAGGGCUUAGAACAGAGAGGACAGGCCAGGUGCAGGCAGCAGAAUUCAACACGGCCCAGCUCCUGCGUUGGGCCUGGAGCCAGUGGAGGGAGUGCCUGGCCCUGCAGGGAGCGGAGCGGCGGAAGCUGAUGCGAGCGGAGCUGCACCACCAGCGCACGGUGCUGCUCAGGGCGCUGCACGCGUGGGUGACUUACCAGGGCAGGGUGCGGAGCAUCCUCCAGGAGGUGGCAGCCAAGGAGAGCCAGCACAACAGGCAGCUGCUGCGGGGGGCGUUACGUCGCUGGAAAGAGAGCACCAUGGCCCGCAUGAAUGAAGCCAAAAAAACCUUUCAAGCAAGUACUCAUUACAGAAGGACCAUGUGUUCCAAGGUCCUGGUCCAGUGGCGGGAGACUGCGUCAGUGCAGAUAUAUUACCGACAGCAGGAGGACCGUGCCAUCCAGGAGGCCCAGAAGGUGCUGGAUAGGGGCUGUCUCCGGACCUGGUUUCAGCGCUGGCGGGACUGCAGCCAGAGGUCAGCCCAUCAGAGACUGCAGCUGGAGAGGGCAGCCCAGCACCACCACCGGCAGCUGCUGCUGGAGGGGCUGGCCCGAUGGAAGACACACCAUCUGGGGUGUGUCAGGAAGAGGCUCCUGCACAGGCAGAGCACCCAACUGCUGGCACAGAGACUCAGCCGGACGUGCUUCCGCCAGUGGAAACAACAGCUGGCAGCCAGGAGGCAGGAGCAGCAGGCGUCUGUGCGUGCCCUGUGGUUCUGGGCCUUCUCACUGCAGGCAAAGGUGUGGGCCACGUGGCUGGCCUUUGUGCUGGAAAGGAGGAGGAAGAAGGCACGGCUGCAGCAGGCGCUCCAAGCCUACCAGGGGCAGCUCCUCCAGAAGGGUGCCAUGCGGCUCCUGCGCUUUGCAGCUGGCAUGAAGGCCUCUCGGCAGCAGCUGCAGGCCCAGCAGCAGGUCCAGGCAGCUCACAGUCUCCACCGUGCUGUCCGCCACUGUGCCACACUCUGGAAACAGAAGGUACUGGGCCGGGGCAGGGAGCCUCAGCCCCUGGCACCCAUCGCAACCAGCAGAAAAGUGACGUUUGAGGAUACCCUUCUCAAUCGUAUUGCUGCUGGGGCUGGGGAUGCCACCCUGGAGACUAAGAGGCCACAGGCUCCUCAGCCUCAGGGAGCCCUGGGCCGCCUGGCUGCUGGGGAGCCCCAUGCCCUGGAAUUCAACACUGCCCACUCAUCGAGGAAGCAGCCGCGACGCCCACACUUCCUGCUGGAGGCUGUGCAGAGCCAGAGGCCUCAGAAGCUGCAGGAACAUGGCCUAGGCAUGGCUCAGCCAGCAGGUCCCUCCCUGACACAGCCCUUCCUGGCAGAGGCCCCGACAGCACCGGUCCCACACAGCCCCCUGCCUGGGGCCCUGUCCAGUGCCCCUGGCCCAAAGCAGCCCCCGACAGCAAGCACGGGUCUGGAGCUGCUGCUGCUGCCUCCUUCCUCCUCUAUGCCCUGUGGGGCGGCUGCACCAGCCAGGGUGUCAGCACAGCCAGCUACUCCUAGGCAUAUGCUCCAGCUCCCCCCAUCCCUGGCCAGUGUCCCUGGCCCCCAUCCACGCCUUCCUGGGGACUUCUCAGGCACCAGGACUGGGCCUGGGCUUUCAACUGCAGGCUGCCUGGACCUUGAGGCUGAACUUGAGGGGAUCCAGCAACAACUACUGCACUACCAGACCACCAAGCAGAACCUCUGGUCCUGCCAGCGGCAAGCAAGCAGCCUGCGCAGAUGGCUGGAGCUGAACAGAGAGGAGCCCGGGCCUGAGGACCAGGAAGUAGAGCAGCAGGUGCAGAAAGAGCUAGAAGAGGUGGAACUGCAGAUCCAGCAGCUGGCAGAGGAGCUCCAGGCCCAGCGCCAGCCUAUUGGCACCUGCAUUGCCCGAAUCCAGGCCCUGCGGCAGGCCCUGGGCUAGCAUGUUCACCCCAGGGACGCAGGUGCAGGGCUGUGGGGAGGCCCCAGGCCACCUCUAGAAACAAAGCACAAAGUUAUGACUUUUAUUUUUUUAUUUCAAAAUGUUUUGCAAUUAAAUGAAUUACUGUUCAGAA